AGGUUGGCAACGUUCAAACAGACGCGACUCCAAAGCUGAAAUAAAAAAUAAUAAUAAUAAUCGCUCAAAGUUCAAUUAGAAAAUCUUUCGAUCGAACGGUCCGUCAAUUAUAUAAUCGAAAUCGCAAAUUGUGGGAUCACCCAUACAUCGAAAUAUGAAGUGAGCUCCGAUUUCUUUUUUUUUUUUUUUCGAAGUGUCAGUGCGGUAGUACGAUUGUGUCAGCUGAUCCGUGCCGUCAUUGAGUCGUGCGACUCGUGCGUCCGAUACGCGCGGAGUGCUACUGAUAAAUACCGGAACAUUAUCUGAGUUACUACCCGAUAAUACGUGGAAGGUUCCUCGAUGGCGAUAACACGGGUGACAAUGUCUGCGAUAAACGUGAAGGCGCUCGCCCGUCAGAACGUCCGGAGUUUCUUGAAUUCGUUCGACACCGUGCUGACGGACUGCGACGGCGUGCUAUGGAUGCACAUGACACCCCUGCCGCACGCCGCGGACGUCGUGAACCUGUUCCGCGGUCUCGGCAAGCGGGUCUUCUACGUGACGAACAACAGCACGAAGACGCGCGACGACCUCGUGGAAAAGUGCAGGGCGCUGAAGUUCGAGGCGACCGCGGACGACAUCCUGUGCACCGCCCACCUGUCAGCGUGUUAUCUGCAAAGUUUAGACUUCCGCAAGAAGGUCUACGUCAUCGGUUCCGAAGCCAUCGCGAAAGAAUUGGAGCAGGCUGAUAUCUCGUAUUGCGGAAUAGGACCGGACCCAAUUAACCCCAAUAUCCCGUAUUCCGUUUUCGAGAAGGACCCCGAGGUGGCAGCGGUCAUAGUCGGAUUCGACGAGCACUUCAGCUACCCCAAGAUGGUGAAAGCAGCUACGUAUUUGAACGACGUCAAUGUACACUUCAUCGGCACCAACACCGACGAGAGAUUUCCAGUUUCGAAUGACGUCGUGAUACCUGGUACGGGAAGUCUGGUCAGAUGUAUAGAAAGUUGCUCGGAGAGGAAAGCAGUGAUUAUGGGUAAGCCGGACGAGUACAUGGCUAAGAUGUUGAUGGAACGAGCCGACGUCGAUCCCCAGCGUACUUUAAUGAUCGGAGAUCGUUGCAACACCGAUAUUCUCUUUGGGACUCACUGCGGUUUCAUGACUCUGUUAGUCUUGACCGGAGUAACCGCUUUGUCGGACGUUGAAAAGUGGAAGCGGUCCGAGCGACAAGAAGAGCGGGAUCUAGUACCGAAUUACUAUAUAGACGCGCUUGGCGAUUUAUUGCCGUACUUAAAAGAAUUGGAAACUAAAAUGUCGUAAAUUCGCAAGGUUUUACCAUGAAGACAAAAAGUAUGUGCGCUAUAACAUUUUACUAAAAAUAUAGUAAUAAUUUUUUCCAGUAUGCUGCAAGUCCGUAUACAUAUGCAAUAUGUAUCUCGUGCACACGUACAUGUAUAUAUAUUAAUGUGUAUAGAAUAAUUUAACACUGAUAGAACAGAUUUUAAUAAAUUUUAACUAUU